AUGGGAGGUGGUAGCCGCCGUGUGUACGUGGGCAACUUGCCCCGGGAUAUCCGCGAGCGCGAGUUGGACGAACUGUUUUACAAAUACGGCCGUAUUUUGGACAUCCACAUCAAGGGCCCCUAUGCCUUUGUCACGUUUGAGGAUGAGCGCGAUGCAGAGGAUGCGGUGCAUGGCCGCGAUGGCAUCAACUUUGCUGGUGGCCGCCUCCGGGUUGAGCUGUCUAAUCCCGGUCGCCGCGGCGCGAACCCACGCGACAAUUUCAGCGGCAAGCACUCUGAGUUCCGCGUCCUCAUCAAGGGGCUUCCCCGUACUGCCAGCUGGCAAGAUGUCAAGGACUUUUUCAAAGAUGAGCGCCUGGAUGUUGUUUUCACCGAUGUGAACCGCGAUGGCGUUGGCAUGGCCGAGUUUGGUAACCAGGAGGACAUGAACUUUGCUCUUGACAAAAUGAAUGGCCGCAAGCUCAACUCUCACCUGGUGCGUAUCAUGGCCUCCUGA